CUAUGGAGAAACUUCUUUUGAAUAUUCUUAAACCUUCUUUAAAAGCUUUUAGUGACCCUAAGCAGUUUGCUUAUAAGUGUGGAAGAAGUACAUUAGAUGCAGCCAUUGUACUACACCACAAUAUUGUUUCCUGCCUUGAUAAGGGUGCUAAGUUCGUUCGAACAGCUUUUUUAGACUAUACUGCAGCUUUCGACUCUGUUCCUAGGACACUUUUAUUAGGAAAGAUGAUUUCAGCACAAACAGAGUCCUGGGCAACUAGAUGGCUGUCUUCUUAUUUUAAGGAUAGGAAACAGCAUACUGUUUUGGCUGGAAAGCGCUCCACUUCUCAGCUAACUGAAAGUGGUGUGCCUCAAGGUGCAGUACUUUCUCCAUUUCUUUUCUCUUUCUUUUUGCAUGACCUUCCGAACUCACCCAAAGUUAACUUCAUUAAGUAUGCUGAUGAUCUGACCGUUUCUGUCCCUGUAGUUUCCACAUCGGAUUGUUCCCAUAUGAAUGGCUUCUUAGCUGAAGUUAAGGAUUGGUCUGGCUCAAAUGGUCUUAAACUAAAUCCAACUAAAUGUAACACUGUUGAUUUCAGCUUGAGAAGUGAAAAAGACAUGCAUGGAUUGAUUCAAUCUCAUGAUUGUUGUAAUAUUGAUGGUACCAUGAUAGAGAGUAAGUCAAGUGUUUCUUAUCUUGGCAUUAGUUUCUCUUCAAACCUUUGCUGGUCGUCUCAUAUUCUUAUAGUUUCUAAGAAAGUUUUCCGUCUGACUUAUUACAUAAAGAAGUUGAGACACUCAGGUAUAACCCAAUCUCUUAUCAUACAAUUUAUUAAUUCAUGUGUUUUGCCCAUCAUUCUUUAUUGUUCUCCAUUAUUCUUCCCUGGGCUACUCAAGAAAGAUCAUAUAAUACUACGAAGAACAUUGAGGGCUGUAAGUAGGGUCAGUGCUAUCCCUUUGACUCAACUAAAUGACACUGUUGUCAAUAGGCAUAUGAAUUCUUGUAAACACUUAGCUAAAGUUAUCUUAUCUGAUAGUGAACAUCCUCUUUAUUCACAAUUGUUUCCUUGUAUCUCUUCGGGUAAGACCAGAAGAAAUUUCAUAAACAUUUAUGCUCGUACUACAAAAUAUAAAAAUUCGACCGUACCAUAUUUGGCACGAGUAUUGUGUGAAGAGACAAAUAUCAGAAAAGAACUUUUACAACUUUUAAAUCAUUAACUAAACUAUAAAAUGUAAUGAUGCAUAUUAAUGCAUGUGUUAUUUGUUAUAUUAUUUAUUUAUUAUUCACUAUGACCUAGCAAUGGUGUGAUUUUGUUGGGGUUUUAUUUUUUCCUAUUAACUAUCAAUAUUUUAACAUUUUAUACAUUUAUAUAAUUAUAAACAGAGCUAAACCAUUGCAAUAUGUAAAAGAAACGCUGAAAAUUCCAUGCUGUAAAUUGUUAUUGUUGUGGAAUAAAGUGAUUAUUAUUAUU